UCCGGCACGGCGGGCGGCCACAGCCACCCAAGCCAAACCCAUCGCUCCUGCCCUAGCAUCCAAAUCUCGCGCCGCACUGCCCCUCCCGCCAGACCCGCACCAGCAGAGCACCCUCAAACUUGCCCAAAACCAGACCGCCCACCCCAGACUUGGCAUGGAAAAGAAAUCAUCGAGACGCAAACUCCUUCGCUUCGGGGCCACCUUUCGCGCCGCGCCUCUCCUCGGCUUUGACCGCACCCUCUCACCCUAACCGCCCCAACGCCGCCCUCGCCUCCUGCGCGGGCGCCUACACCACGCAUGCGCGCCUGCCUGUGGCGUGCCCUUCUUCCGCCAUGGCGAGCGACCCCGGCGGCGACGGCGACGCGUGCCCGCUAUGCGGCAGCGGGGAUGACCAGGCGCCGGUGACGGCCGCCCCUGCGCGCGUCACGCUCCGCAAGCGGAACCUGCCAGCGGAGGCCGUCGCGCGGGUGGGGCCCGGCGACGAGGCGGCCGCGCCGCGUGAGGCGGUCGCGUGGCAGCAGAGCGGCAUGGUGGAGCUGCAGGAGGAGCUCGAGGCGGAGCGCCGCGCCGCUGCCGAGGCCGCCAGCGAGGCCAUGUCCAUGAUCCUGCGCCUGCAGCGGGACAAGUCAGAGGCCAUGAUGGAGGCGCGCCAGUUCCGGCGGUUCGCCGAGGAGCGGUUCGCGCACGACGCCUCCGAGGUCGCCGCCCUCCACGACGCCAUCGCGCGGCGUGAUGCCUCCAUCCAGUCGCUCUCGGAGCAGCUCCGGGUGUGCCGCUCCCGCCUCAUCCAGCUCGGGUUCCUCUCCCCGUCGUUCCUCCCCUCAUCUCCCACAGCCGCCGCGGGGGACAACCUCUUCGCUGACGACUACCCUUCCAUCCAAUGCCUCGAUUAUCCUGCGCCCUCCGACGUCGGUACUCCACGCACCCACCACAUGCUCUAUACAAUGCCCGGCCGAGAUGCCCAUAAGGGGGUCAUCUGCUCUUCACCACGGCGCCAGCGCCAUGGGCGCGCACUCUCCAAUGACAGCUUGUAUGAUGGCGGCAUUGCAGCGGCUGAUGAGUUCACGUACGUGGUGGAGCAGGACGUGUCGGAACUGGAUGAUGACUGCGACCGGGUGUACACUGUGGACGCAGUGCAUCGCGUGCCUGUCGCCGCACCUGAGGACUGCUGCUACUUUCAGACACCGAUGGGGAACGACGUGGGCUUUGUUGAUGGGGUUGGGGCGUGGGCUGAGGAGCAGCAGAUACAAAAGCUCAGUGCAAGGCUACAAGCGCUGGAGGCAGAUCGGGAGUCGAUGCGGCAUGCAAUCAUGUCAAUGGGAGCAGAGAAGGCGCAGGUUGUGAUGCUCAAGGAUAUCGCUCACCAGCUCUGCGAGGAGGCAGCACCAUUGCCUGCAGUUUCAUUGAAAUUGCAUCCAGUGCCGCAAGCGGUAGUAGCGCCAAAGAGGAAGUUGGUGAAGAGGCAGCCUUUCUGCGUGAAAUUCUUCAUUGUGACCGCAAUUAAGUGGAUCGUAUCUGUCUUUUCCCGGCAAAAGAAAUUAGAUCGCAUCAAGUACCCAUUUGGCUUGUGCGGGAGCUAUGUUGGACUAAUGCUGCUGCUUGAUAGGUCCCACAAACAGAGAUACAGAAGAUUUCUUAAGAGAGCUAGGUGAUGCCGCUCACUUAUAAUAUGCAGCGGCCGAGGAAGACUCUGCGCUUGUAUGAUGCUUUUGUGAAAAGUGUUGUCAUUGCUGCAUAUAUCUUUUCGCUCUUUUGUCCAUAAAUUUUAUGCUGGUUUGGUCUGGCGAUCUAUCUAGUUAUCAACUGAGGUUCGAGGUCUUGUCCAUUUAUUUGAUUUGGUGCCUAUUUUUCUCCUACUAUUGUAAUGAUUGUUUUUUUUAGACAAGUACGAAUUGGUUCAUUUGUACAAAGUACUCCAAGUAACGAGCAAUAUCAGAAGUAGAGAUUGUUUAGCA